CCGCCCAAACCAGCCGGACCUGCUUUCCCGCUCCGCCCCGCAGCCCCCUCCCACCAGCCAAAGCCCAGUGUGGGGCUCUUGGGCUCACACCGUGAGAGGGCUACCGGGCAGAGAUGGCUCUGCAGACCCCGGUGUUGUCCCCAGCCACACCCACGGUCAUGGCAGAAAGCGCCCUCUAUCGGCAGCGGCUGGAGGUCAUCGCUGAGAAGCGGCGGCUGCAGGAGGAGAUCGGCGCCGCGCGUCGCGAGCUGGAGGAGGAGAAACUCCGCGUGGAGCGGCUCAAGAGGAAAUCUCUCCGAGAACGUUGGCUCAUGGAUGGGGCGGCUGAAGGGCAAGAGCGGUCGGAGGACCCUGCCUCCAAGGACCCACAGUCGCCUGAGGGACAGGCCCAGGCUCGAAUUCGCAACCUGGAAGACAGCUUGUUUUCGCUCCAGUCACAGCUGCAGCUGUUGCAAAGCGCGUCCACAGGUGCCCAACACAGACCUGCUGGCAGGCCUGCCUGGCGCAGAGAGGGUCCCCGCCCUCUUUCUCAGCCCACCAUGGGGGCAGGUCCUGCAGGCCUCACAAAUGUGGACAAGAGAACUUCCCUGCCAGCUGGUCCAGUGGGCUUGUCCCUUGAGUCCCCCUCUGAUACCAGGGAGGAGCCCAUCGGGGUUCUGCCAGCAUUGAGGUCAUCCCCUGAGGCCGAAGGGGACUCUUCAGAAGCCAAUGGCCCUUGCUCUGGGCACAGCCCCAUCCCAGAGCAGCUGAGCCUAGGGGUGGCAAGUGUCACUAAGGCCAAAGGAGAUGGUGUGGUGGAGGUGGUUUGGGCUGGGCUCAGAGCCACCGAGAACAGUGCCACAGGCCCCACGGGCGUGGAACUGGAGGCUAAAGUGGAAGAAGUGGUGCUGGAGGCCAUCGGGGCCAGGCAGGACACCAGCAGCCCUGAGCUGCCCACUUGGGUGAAGGAGGGCAGGGGCGUGGUGGAGGUGGUUUGGGAGGGGCUGGGAGGCAGUGAUCUUGAUGUCAAGGGGGAGCCAGCCAGGGCUCUAGAGGCCGCACACACCAGCUCUCCAAAGCUCCAGGAGCAAUUUGAAGCUGAAACGUCCAGAAAAGAGGCUGGUGCUUCAAGAGAUAGUCCUGAGGGUGCUGGUCGGGAGGGCCCUGGAGGAGAGGAGGGCUCCUUCAUUUGGGUGGAGAGAGGGGCCUUCAGCGAAGACUGGGAGGAGCUCUUGAUGGAAGGUUUAGAAGCGCCCCAGGGGGUGGGGUGUGCAGGAGGACCUCAGACUGUGAUAGGAUCACAGCCCAGAGAGGGUGAAGCGUCCUGGGGGGCGGAGAGAAGAGAAGUGGAAAAAUCAGAGGGCAUGGAAGACGGGGAAAAAAUGGAAAGGCGAAGGACAGAGAGGGAUGGGACAAUUGUGCUGCCAGAUGCUGCCCAAGGAAGGGAGGAAAGCUGGGCAGAAAAGAAAGAGAGAAAAGAAGGCGAGGGUCCCCUUCUGGCAGAGAUAGCAACAGAGGAAAAGUGGGAGGUGAAAGCGAAGGAAGAUGAAGAGCCAAUGGAAGUAGAAAAAGGAGGCGAGGGAGAGCCUGCCACCACUGAGAAGCCAUUGGACCAGGAGAGAGAUGGUGAGGGCCCAUUGGACAGAGAGCCAAAAACAGGUGAUAUGUUAUUGGGGGGACAGACAGGAGGUGAGGGCUCAUUGGAUGAAGAAACAAAAGAAAGUAAACUGUUGGAUGAGGAGACAGGAGGUGAGGGCUCAUUGGAUGAAGAAACAAAAGAAAGUAAGAAACUAUUGGAUGAGGAGACAGGAGGUGAGGGCUCAUUGGAUGAAGAAACAAAAGAAAGUAAGAAACUGUUGGAUGAGGAGACAGGAGGUGAGGGCCCAUUGGAUGAAGAAGGUAAACUAUUGGAUGAGACAGGAGGUGAGGGUGAAGAAACUAAAGAAAGUAAACUAUUGGAUGAGGAGACAGGGGCUAAGGGCCCCUUGGAUGAAGAUACUAAAGAAAGUAAGAAACUAUUGGGUAGCGAGGCAGGAGGCACUGAGCCUUCGUUAGAGCUGGAGAAGACCUCUGGUGCCGUGGAAGAGGUGAGUCCUGAAGAGCAAGGCAAAUCCAACGAGGGAGCAGAGUUUACAGCAGAGGAUGCCGGCCAGCCAGGAACCGCUCAUUUGGUCCAGGAGGAGCCCACAUCAGAGGAGCAAGGACUGCAAGGCCCGGAGAAGCAAGAAGGGCCAAUGGAAGAGGCAGCCAGGCAGCCUCAGCCCUGUUCUGAGACUGAGGGACCCUUGGGGGAUGCCACCCCCCUCCUAGAAGAGACCCCAGCCCCGGAGCAGUCUGCAGAAGGCCAGCCACUGCUCCGUCAUGAGGCGUCUGGGGCCAACCCUGGUGAUCACCCGGCACCGACCUAUGCACCCGCCAGGCAGCUUGAGCUAGCUGAGGCCAAAGAAGAUGGUGGCCCCAAGCAAAAGACGUGCCAGUGUUGUGUGGUCAUGUGAGCCUCCGCCUGCCGCCCAGCACCCCACUCCUCUCACAGCUACCUCGCUGCCUGGCAUCCAGCAGAAGGUCCCAGGCACAGACAGGGUACCAUAGGACUGGUGGUUACCCAGGAGCCAGUAGGCCCCUGCGUUUACUUACACCCGGGCUUUUAGAUUCCCUGCCCACUGCCUGUGGCCCUGAAUCCCUUCUGCAAUGAAGCCUUUAUACUUGAAAAUUAAAUGUUAAGGCACUCUGGCUUUAGGAAAAAAA